AGCAUCGCGGGUCGUUGGUGCUCUCGCCGAAAAAUCAUGCGGUUCUUUCUAAUUUGGGCGAUAAGGAGAAGACCGCGAGAUCCGCCGUGGCGUAGGCGAUCACGCGACUGCGCGCGAGUGUUCCUAAGAUCGAGGAGGCGCCAGCUUUUAUUAUGAAGCGUACCCAGUGUCAGUAUAGCGCAGGCAGUCGCGCGAUUCGUUUCGUCGUGGAGUGAGAUACAAUUUUUUUUCGCGCCUUUGCACGAUUUCUUUUCUUCUCUUGGGUGCGUUCUUUACGACGAAUUAUGAAAGAGAAUUGGGAAAAGAAGAAGAUCGAUCGACGAUAACAUUAAGGAUUACCGAUCGUUCGAUCAGAGAACGCAUUGACCCAUAAUAUUGUUGCUCGAAGGAGGACACAGCGAGGACGCGGCAAUGAGAUGCCAGUUACUUUUAUCGAGUGCGGAGUGCGUCAAAGCGAGGAACAUUGUUAUCGCGACAAAUAACUUUUCGAACUAAAUAUAUAAUUGGUCUGCUCUAAUGGACGAACGAAAUAUGCGAAAAGAUUCCGUCGGAUUUUUGAUGACAUCGGGCAGAAACCGAGCAUCGUUGAAUGAAUAACCACAAACAGCUGGAUAUCGUCGAGAAACAUACGUCAAGAUGCCAAGAUCAUGGAGAAUUUUUGGCCUACUGCUAAUUCUGGUCUGUUUCGAGAUCAUCGAAUCCGAUCGUUGCCUUACGAAGCUAGAAGAAGUUAAUCCAAAACGAUUGGUCGUCUUCAAUGGUAAAACCAUUGGGUUACGAUUCGAAGUUUCGCGAAAGAUCACUCAGAGAUUAGUCACUCACGUUACCAAGAUCUUUUUGGAGGAGGUAUUAGGCUAUAUGGACGUAGAGAUAGUUGAGAAUGAUGACGAUUUUUACUUAACAGAUAUUUACGAAAGAUUAUCCGACACUUUGGUAUUCGGGGUCAGAAAGUUUCCCGAUACAAUGGUAAAUAUGGAGGUAUGGAUACCGCCGCAGGAGGAUACGAUACCGCUGUUGAACAAAUACGACGUGAAAGAAUGUGGAGCGGUCGCGCCGCCGGGACAUUUUGCCUGGUUCGUACCGGAGAAAUUGUACAACAUCGAGGAUAGCUGGGUGUCAUUUGCCAAACAGGAAAGAGCAGCUCGCUUCGACGUUUCCGAAUCGAAUCUACUUCGGAUCAAAGAUUUUACGAUCAAUCCGAUUACGAAUAGUUAUUACUGCGAGACGUCCUUUUGUCAGCACGGUAUGUACGUUCCUCGGCAAUGCCAAACUUCCGACAAACAGGCCCAACCUUGCGCUCUACUCCUGGCCGGUCAUCCCGACGUAACGUCCUUCGUCAAAGAGGAUAUCGAUAGUUUAAAUCUUUACGUCAAAGUAGCUUGGGUCGGAUCACAUUUGAGAGAGCUUACGAAAAGUCUGAUCGAGGAAUACACUAACGCGUCGACAAAUUCCACUUCGAGCAUCAGGCAAAGAUCGUUGGUCAUCGUUCAUUGGACACCGAGUACCGUGAUACCCAACGAGAGAGAUUUCGUGAGCAUCAAUUUUCCACGUUGCGGUACGAACAACUCGCAGCUCGGUUGUGCCUACGAAUCUAACAGGCUGACCAAAGUCGUCUGGACGGGAUUGGAGUCGGCGGCAAAGUUUGCCUUCGAGAGCAUAAAUCGCGUCAAGUUCACGUCGGCGAUGUAUGAAAAUUUGAUCGAUCGGUACAACGUGCAUUCGAAGAGCUUUGAUGAGGCGAAGAUCGGCUGUGGUUGGCUUACGGACAAUUUAAAUUAUGCGAUGUCCAAGUGGAUGCCGAACAAUGACGAUAAAAACACUCUUUACGUCGGUGGAAUAUUCCCAAUGACCGGCACGUCCUACACUGCCAAAUCUAUCGUGAUCGCUGCCAACAUGGCGAGAGAGGCGAUAAACUUUAACAAUAGUCUUUUGAGGGACUACAAUUUGGCGCUAUUGGCGAGCGAUGGCCAGUGCAAAUCCGACAUGGUAAUGAAAUCUUUCAUCGAUUACAUCGUCCAUAAUUAUUACGUGAAGCUCGUCGGCGUUCUUGGACCUGCUUGCUCCGAAACCGUCGAACCCCUUGUCGGCGUGUCGAGGCAUUACAAUACCGUGAUCAUCAGUUACAGCGCCGAAGGAUCCAGCUUCAAAGAUCGAAUUAGAUAUCCUUACUUCUUUAGGACGAUCGGCGAAAACAGACAAUACAAACACGUGUAUCUGUAUCUUCUUCAGCGAUUGGGUUGGCGCCGAGUCGCGUCGUUGACCGAGGAUGGACAAAAGUAUACGGAAUAUAUAUCGUAUAUGCAGGAUAUGCUGCGCGAUAAUGGCAUUACGUUCGUGGCGAAUGCUAAGUUUCCGAGAGAAUGGGAUCCUGACGUGAUAACGAAGAGCCUUCAAGAUUUGAAGCAGAAACGGGCGAGGAUAAUUAUCGCCGAUGUGUACGAUCAAGUAGCACGGCAAGUCAUGUGCGAAGCGUAUAAACUGGAAAUGACGGCUGUCCAAGGAUACGUUUGGUUCUUGCCUUUAUGGCUUCGACCGCAGUGGUACGAUACCGAUCAAUAUAACGCACAAGGCGAGCAGGUUCCUUGCAGUACGAUUGAGAUGACAAAAGCAAUAAAUGGGCAUCUUGGUCUGUCGCAUGCGUACUUUGCAUCGGACGAUGACAUCAUGCAGGAAGGUAUAACGGUACGGCAAUGGCGCGAUCGUUACGAGUCCUUGUGUAAAAUGCGAAAUCAGACGCCGUCCAAUUACGCUGGAUAUGCCUAUGACGCCAUGUGGACCUAUGCCUACGCGAUGGAUGCUCUAAUCAAAGAAAAUCAAAGCUACGUAUUUCGACUUCAUAGCGAGGAGACCGUCAAUCGUUUGACCAACAUUAUCGGUGCUACCGAUUUUAACGGGGUUUCCGGCCGAAUCAAGUUCAUUGGCGGACCAUCGAGAUACUCCAUCAUCAAUGUUGUCCAAAAUAUUGAUAACGAAACGCGCAUCAUUGGAAAUUUUCAUCCAAACAUAUCAGAGACGGGAAGGGAAGUGAUAGGCGGUAGAUUGGAUUUGAACAUCUCCGCGUUCGUAUGGCUGUCGAAAACUAUGCCCGACGAUGGCUCCGAGCCUCCUCCUAAAUGCGUUUUCAGCGGACUCGCUGAACUUUUAGAAGUUUCCUGCGAAGCGGCCAUCGUGAUCGUCAAUAUCAUCGGCUUCGGUCUCCUUGGAAUAUUGCUCAUCAUUGGUUUUAUUUUUGUCAAGAGAAAGUACGACGAGAAAGUUCGGCUUCACGAGAAAUAUAUGAAGUCUUUGGGACUUGACUUUUCCAAAUUGGAUACCUCGAGCCUAGACAAAUGGGACAUACCGCGAAAUAGAGUUGUGAUCAAUAGAAAGAUCGGCGAGGGUGCUUUCGGUACAGUAUACGGUGGCGAAACUUUCUUCCCUGAAAAGGGUUGGCUGGCUGUCGCGGUGAAGACAUUGAAGGUUGGAAGUUCGACCGACGAAAAAUCAGACUUCUUGAGCGAAUUUGAAGUUAUGAAAAGAUUCGAGCAUAAAAAUAUUAUCAAGCUGCUUGGCGUUUGCUUAAAGUCCGAACCUGUUCUCACGGUUAUGGAAUUCAUGCUGUACGGUGAUUUGAAAACGUAUCUACUCGCGAGAAGACAUUUGGUAAACGAUCAAAGCUACGAGGAUUCGGACGAGAUAUCGAAUAAAAAAUUAACAGCUAUGGCUUUGGACGUUGCAAGAGCUCUGAGUUAUUUAGCGCAAUUAAAAUAUGUUCAUAGAGAUGUUGCUUCUCGCAAUUGUCUGAUAAACGCACAACGAGUCGUUAAACUCGGCGACUUUGGUAUGACCAGGCCGAUGUACGAGAACGAUUAUUAUAGAUUUAAUAGAAAAGCAGGUAUGCUGCCUGUACGAUGGAUGGCACCAGAGUCCCUUGGUUUGGGAAUAUUUAGCGCUGCCUCCGACGUAUGGUCGUAUGGCGUUUUGCUCUACGAGAUUAUUACAUUUGGGAGCUUCCCUUUCCAAGGGAUGAGCAAUAACGAGGUUUUAGCUCACGUUAAGGCCGGCAAUUGUCUCGUAGUUCCUAAAGGUGUCAAGUCACCGCUAGAAAACUUGAUGUACUCUUGCUGGUCCGUAAAUCAACAUGAGAGACCAUCGGCACCGGAGAUCGUCGAGUUUUUGGCGACGAAUCCUCGAAUUUUAUCUCCUUGCCUCGACGUACCUCUUGCUAGUGUACAGCUUGAACACACCGGGCAAAUGGAGAUGCAUCUGACUACUGAUAGCGUGAGAAAAUUCUCUUUGCCCUGGUCGCAGCAACAACAGUCGUCUACGCAAUCGUCCGAUCCAACGUCGUCGAUUACGUCGACCAGUCCGCCUCUACUCGAAAUAAAUUCCCACGAUGACAAUCAAAAUCUGGAGUUCUCUUCGGACAGAAGAGUUUCCAGUCAAGAUGGUACAAUUCCUUUGUUAGGUCUCGAAAGAACGAUAAAGGGGGGACCCGUUGCUUCUCGCCAGAAUUCCAACAAGCAACAGAAAGAUAUUGUACACAAGUAUGUCAAUCUUUUGCCAGGAAUGGUGACCUCGACGAGGCAACUUAGUAGGAAUGGCAAUGCGGGAAACGUACAAACGGAAGAAAUGGUGUCCAUGAUGCCAAGGAGUAACAAGGACACCGAGGAAGUCUCCGUUCUCUGAUGUGGCCACUAGUCAAAAGUUUUGUCAGAUAAUGUAUGAGUUUAAUCGAUCAGUUUUUGUGGCCACACAAAUAGUAAAAGGGCUGCAAGUGUGUAUAACGUGUGUGGACGAUUUAUAAAGAGGCAGAAUAGAGCUUAGAAUUUAAAUCGACGGUUACUAGUUAUCGAGGUAUAUUAUCUUUUGUUAGAACUUUUUAAGAGCCAAAGAAUAACAAUUUCGUGUUACAUUUGUUCUACCGAGAGAGUUUAUGGUAGAGCCAAUUGAUGAUCAAGCUUUGAAUCGUUGCCAAAAUUCUUGGCCAGUUUUACUAGCUACGGCUAUUCCAAAACAAUGUAUACCAAAAUAUUCUUCCUUUUUUAAUGUACGAUCUAUGUACUAGAUGUGCGAUCAAUAAUUGCGCCGCUUUCCUAAAAAUAUGAGGGUGCGACCAGAAGGUUAAACGCUCGACGAUGUCUUAAAGCUCGUUGAAGAUUUUUUUGGGUAUAAAUAAAACGAAGUGAGAGAUUUAAAAUAGAUCUCUAGACGAUAUUCCGUCGCAUUAGUCGGUCGAAAGAUAUAAUAGGAUACUUAAAUGGAUUGCGUAUAGCUUUCGUUAGCAAUAAGAAGACGCACGCUUUAAAAACGUCGACGGUCGAGACAUUUUGUAGUAAGAAAGUACUGGCCAAUCUGAUCCUAAAUUGUACAUCGAUUGACUUCCGCUCGAUCUACUUUUGAGACUGAUACAUACAUAGUAAAAUUAAGCCAUGUUUAUUACGAUCUGAUGUUAUCGAUAUAAAGAGACACUAUUUCACCAACGACAAUAUUAAUAUCUGCGUAAGUAAUUUUUUAUAGCGACUUACUCUAAGAGAAAAAGAAACAAAUUUGCAUUUUCUUCCUUUCUCAAAUUAUAGAAUUAUAUCUUAUCGCAAAGAGAUUAAUUUUACAGAGUCAUCGUGUUUCCUCACUUUUUCUCACUUUAUAUAGACGUCUAUAUUUAUUCAUUUUUAUAAUAGCACGAAAAGAGAGAUGGCUCGUUUUAAAUAGAGCCCGAAUAGUAUAAUAUUCCGUAAGACUUUUGGAUUAAAAGAAAAGAAAAGAAAAAAAAAAAAGAAAAAAAAACAAAAAGAAAGAAAGAAAAGAGAGAAAAAAAGAAGAAAAAAAGAAAAAAAAAAAAAGAAGAAGAAAGCUGUUAUUUUACAUGCACACGCAUAGAUUAAUAAACCGUUCUCAUUUUAUUUAUUUUUAUAACACUUAUAUAUAGAUAAAAUAUCUUUCGAAUAUCAAGAGGGAUAUUACUUUCAAAACUUGAAACACUUUCUAGAACAUUUUUAUCACUAUGACUUGACAGCAUAAUACUGAGAAAGAUAUUAAAAAUUGAUAAAAAGGAGAAAAAAGAAAAAAAAGAAAAAGAAGAAACGAAAAAGGAAAAAAAAAGAGAGAAACGAAACUUCGUAGCAUUAUGGUACAUAGCAUUUGAUAAAAUCUUAUAUAUUGAAAGAGCAAAUGGCAAGAGUCAUGACAUUUCUUAAAAACACGUUUUAUCUAAGCUCGUAACAAUAUCUUUCGUUGCAAUUAUUAUAAAUUUUUAUCCACAUGUAACUUAGUUUGUAAUACGUAAUUGUAAAUGUUAUCUUUCACUAUGAUCACUCGUCUUAUCAAGCCGACUGUGCUCGACCUCGAUCGAUCGAUCGAUUACGUUGCCAUUUUAUCCUCGCUGAAUAUCAUUAAUUUAACAUUCGCUUAAUCGUUAAAUUUGUACGAUAUCGUAAAACUAUUUAUUAAUCUACAAAGAGAAGCUUUUUGAAAAGAUAUAGAAAUUUAGUUGUCUCUUCGUUUUAAUGGAUAAAGAAAGCUCGAUGAACGAUUCUAUUAUGUCAACUUAGGAUAACGUUAAGGGGCAAACGGCGAAGAGCUUGAAAAGUUAAUAAUUACAAAUGGUCAUUAUAUUGACACGCGUAAUGAUUUUCUCGACAGAAUUCGCACAGCUGGAAUUUAGAGAAAUAUUUGACAUUCUGAUUUCUCUUCGUCUUUAACGAAAUAAUUAUAUUAAUAAAACGGAUCAAAGAUAUUUUUAUCUAGCGCAAAAAAUUGAAAAAUUGAUUUCGCGAAAGACGUAAGAGAUGUCAUUUCAUAUUUCUAAUUCAAUUCCAGUCUCUAGCUUUUAAAUAUUUAAACGCGUAAUAUUCGUAUUUUUACUGCAGAGCAUUCCUAGUCUUCUUAUUGGAGGAAAAGCAGUAUAUUAAAAUAAAUGACAAAGAAUUCCAACACCGUGAAUGAUAUUGCACCCGUCUUCGUUAAUAUGCUCGAUCCUUCUGGAUCUUUGCGUAUCGCAAACGUAGACUUGAACCGUUUAUUUGAUUAUAACGAAUAGCGUUAAUGCGUUGAUAUCGUAUCGACCAACAAAUUUUCUUCCUAUCUGUUAGCUUUACGAGAAAACGAUUGAAGAUCUAUUUUUCGAGAUUUUUGAUUUUACUCUCGCAAACGAUACAUCAUUAUUUAUUUUUACAUCAUGUGCGUGAACAACCGGAGUUUAGGACGCAAUUAUCCACGCACAUUCUGUAUAUUAUUAUUUUGUACAUACGAAGCGUGCCUGAUAACGUUUAUUAUUCGUUCUCGAAUUAUAAGAAAAGAAUGUUCAAUUUAUAAAACAUUUGAUAUCGCA